GAGUUGCAACUACUGCACCCUCUGUCGAUCGACUCUGCACAAGCUUGUGAUGCAAAGCCGCCGAACAGUUCGAAACUUCUCGGCAAUGUCCUCUCCUGCAGUUUAAAUCCCCAGCGGAGACCGAGUGUCUCUCUCAAUGGCCAAUUCCUCCUUUUCAUAGUCAAGAUUGACAUAGCGAAAGCCGAUCAUUGGCAAUUGAUCCAUUAUUCAUUCAUUGACUGGGUGUUUCCUGGCUGCUUCAUAACGGUGGUUGCUUGUCCCUGCAUUCCGAAACAAGAAACCCGCCCAAAGCUUCGGUGAUUCUUCAGUGGCGGCGCAAUUCUUCAACAACCUUUCGCCGCCCUCUUCUCUCGCCUUCGUUGCGACGACAGUCACGCCCGCUUUCUUUCCAAAGUGCAUCGACCCUCCAUUGUAGCCUCUGCUGCAAUUCGCAGCCCCCCAAUUCCUCGCAAUGCCCGACCGUUCGACCUCGCCGACGCGCUCGCUUCCCCGCGUACCCAGCCUCAAGAGCUUCCUCCCGCUAUCUGAGUCCGAAGGGAACCCAAUCACCACUCGCGGCCAGAAUCUUGCCUCUCUCAUCCGGGAGAAUCAAUCCCAUCAUUCGCGCCGCCCAUCCACGCUUCGUAGCAGCGAGCGACGAGGCAGUGCGUCAAGCGCCGAUGACGACCUGGAGGCGUUCCGACAUGGCUUCGCGCUUCCUUGGGGCGAGCGCGAAGAGCGCAGAAUGAGCUCUGGAGCUUCAAUCCUGAACACACCCCAGAUGCGAAGCAUGCGACUCAUCGGAAACUCGAAUCCGAGAUAUAAAUGGGAGCGAUACUUCAAGACCGAGGAGGAGCUCAAGAAGAUGAAGGCGCCGAUCCGGGAGUACUAUGAGCGCAACAACUAUCUGAUCCAGCACUAUAUGUACAUUGAUAGGCUUUUGGACUCUUCACUACCCCAUGAUUUGAUCCAGGAGUAUGGCCACCCUGAAUCUGGUCAGGUCAACAUUCCCUCCACCAUUACCGAAGAAGAAUCAAUAGGCACGAAUGGCGCUGCAUCGGCUACCAAUGGCUCGCUCACACCAGGCACUUUAGUUGAUAGUGGCAAAGCAACACCGUCUCCCUCGACUACGACGAAUAGCGCCAGUACCAAUGGUUCCCAGGUCAAAGUGAAACGGACACCAAAGAACUUGUACAAGGUACCAGAGGCAGACGAGAGGACGCCUCUGCUAGCAGUUGAUGACGAUGACGAUGACGACCCCGAAUCGCCCAAGAUCGAAUUGCCAGAAUGGGAGCCGGAAGAGGACGAGGAUACCGAGAGCCCCAUCGUCAAACUCGCGAUCUAUGUGAACCUAGCUGCCAAUACCAGCUUGCUUCUCAUGAAGAUAGCCGUUACGAUCAUGACUUCAUCGCUUUCCGUGAUUGCCAGUUUAGUCGAUGCGGCAUUGGACUUCCUCAGUACUGCCAUUGUUUGGUUUACAUCCUGGAUGAUUGCGCGACAAGACCAAUAUGCAUAUCCUGUGGGACGAAGGAAGCUCGAGCCCGUCGGUGUGCUGGUGUUCUCCGUUAUCAUGAUCACUUCCUUCUUCCAGGUUGGCAUUGAAGGUGUCUCGCGACUGACAGGUGAAGACCAUACCAUCGUGCAGCUAUCAGUAUGGGCCGUUGGCAUCAUGGCUUCCACCGUGGUCAUUAAGUUCCUGUGCUGGCUAUGGUGUCGCCUUAUUCGAAACUCGAGUGUCCAGGCAUUAGCUCAAGACGCAAUGACCGACGUCGUGUUUAACAUUUUCAGUAUCAUUUUCCCAUUGAUCGGCUACUACGCAAAGGUCUGGUGGCUCGAUCCUCUCGGCGGUAUCCUCCUUUCCGCCUACGUGAUCAUCAGCUGGAGCCACACCUCCGCCACGCACAUCCGCAACCUGACGGGCGCCGCGGCGACAGCCGACGAGCGAAACAUCCUCCUCUACACCACGAUGCGCUUCGCCAAGACGAUCAAGCACAUUCAGGGCAUUCAAGCUUACCACGCAGGCGACAAGCUCAACGUCGAGGUCGACAUCGUGGUCGAUGAGGAGACACCUCUCAGGGAUAGUCACGAUCUGGGAGAGUCGCUGCAAUAUGUUCUUGAGAGUAUCCCAACCGUCGACAGAGCCUUCGUUCACAUCGACUACACCGCGCACAACCUCCCAACGCACAUGUCCCAACAGGAAUAAAAACACACUCGUUUUCAAUCUCUUUUUUUUUUGCAUAGCCGUGGGUACGCCCACAACGCCAUACCAUGUACAAUACACACAUCAAAAACCUUCCUUCAAUGUAGACCUCAAAACUACUCUCUCUCUCUC